CCUGUUUCUUUAAAGCCGCUCAUCUGCGCGGCGGCCGGCUGCCGGCGGCGGGAGGCAGGCGGGCUGCGGGGAGCUGCGGCCGGGCGCACGGCUCGCAGGACGGACGGACGGACGGACGGAGCCGGGGCUCCGCUGCCCGCCGCGGCAGGGCGGGCGCAGAUGGGCGGCAGCGGGGCGGCGGCAGCAGCAGCGGCAGCGGCAGCAUCGGGAGCAGCGCAGCGGCGCAGCGGCCGCGGCUGAGCCAUGCGGAGCGCGCCGCUGGCCGAGGGCGAGCCCUGGCCGCGCCUGUGCCCCGCCGAGCUGGGCGGGCUGCGGCGGCUGCGGCGCAAGCACGGCGGCUGCAAAAGUUUCCGCGUGGAGCUCAAAGUGCUGAGCGGGCGGCGCAGCGCGCUCCGCGCACCCCCCGCGCCGCCCCCCAGCGCCGCCGCCGCCCCGCCGCCCGCCUGGGAGCCGCGCAGCGCCGCGCUCGGCCCCGCCGCCGCCGGCGCCUUCCCCGCCGCCCCGCCGCCGCCGCCCGCCGCUUCCCCGCGCCCGCGGCCGGGCGAGGCGGCCGGCGUCUCGCCCGAGAUCAAAGCGCUGCAGCAGACGCGGCGGCUGCUGGCCAACGCCCGCGAGAGGACCCGCGUCCACACCAUCAGCGCCGCCUUCGAGGCGCUGCGCAAGCAGGUUCCCUGCUAUUCUUAUGGUCAAAAGUUGUCCAAACUGGCCAUCUUGAGAAUAGCCUGUAACUAUAUCCUUUCCCUGGCCAGACUAGCAGACCUGGAUUACAGCGCUGACCACAGUAACAUGAGCUUCUCUGAAUGCGUGGAGCAGUGCACUAGGACCUUACAAGCAGAAGGAAGAUCUAAAAAAAGGAAGGAGUAAUAACCAGGAAGGGAGGAUUCUGAAGAGCUUCCAACCAGAGUUACAUCUGGUCUUGGCAAAGGUUGCACGAUCCAGAUGAAGACUGAAAGCAGCUUUUUUGCAGAAACCCCUACUGGAGAUGAUGAUUGGCCAAGGAACUUUCUUAAUCUCUGGAACAGAAAGGAAAAAAGGAAAAGAGAAGAAAAAACAAAAGGACAGGGAUGCUUCUUAUUGUUGUUAAGCCAGCCACCUUUUAGUACGUGCAAUUUAUUUAGCACUUUUCCCUUUGCUUAACUGGGAAAUGUUACCCUCUCAGCUCAUGUGUACAGAAAUUUUUUGUUGUUGUUGUUGUUGCUGUUGUGCCAAAGAUUUGAUGGAGCUUCUACACUGUGUCUUAUUUUUGCCUUAAUGUUAAAUCUUUGAGCCAAAGAGAAGUCAGAGGUGCCAUUCAGAUCGUGGCAAGCAGGCCAGCCAGCUGUCAGUGACAAAGCCCAAUUUCUGUUCCCUUCUGUGAGUUACCUCUUAUUUCUUCAGCCUGCACUUCCCUGCCUGCAACCCUGGAGCCAGCAUUUGGUGUGGGCAAGAGCUGGGACAGCACCAGGCCAUGCUUUGGCAUUCAGGUUUGCUUCUUCCUUUGAGCUACUCUGUAGUUCUGCCUUUUGGGCAAUUUCCUGAUGUUCCUGCCUGUGCGAGACAUCCACAGGGUAGAAAUACUGACAUGAAGUGAGAGCUGAAACAGGAGCUAUGAAUUUAUUUUUUUUAAUAAAGAAAUAAAAUUAAACAAGCAAAAGCAAAGUGCCAUGUAAAGCAAAGAGAGAGAGAGAGA